GACAAUGGUGACAACAUUGACAACAGCGACAAUGGUGACAACAGUGACAACUUUGCAGUGACAACAGCGACAGCAGUGACAAUGGUGACAUCCGCGACAACAGUGACAACAGUGAACAACAGUGACAACGGCGACAACAGUGACAACGGCAACAACAGUGACAACAGUGACAACGGUGACAACACUGACAACAGCAACAACAGCUACAACAGUGAUGACGGUGACAACAGUAAAAACACUGACAACAGCGACAACAGCAACAACCGUGACAACGGUGACAACAGUGACAGCAGUGACAAUGGAGACAACAGCGACAACAGUGACAACAAGACAAACAGCGACAACGAUGACACCAGUGAAAACAGCGACAAUGGUGACAAAGGUAACAACAAUGACAACGGUGACACCAGCAACAACAGCGACAACGGCGACAACACUGACAACGAUGACAACAGUGAAAAUAGUAACAACAGUGACAACAGCGACAACAAGAACAACAGCAAGGACAGUGACGAUGGUUAAAAAUGUGACAACUUUGCAGUGACAACAGCGACAACAGUGACAACAGUGACAACGAAGACAACAGUGACAACCGCAACAACAGUGACAUUUGUGACAACGGGGACAAGAGUGACAAUGGUGACAACAGUGACAACAGUGACAACGGCGACAACUUCAAUAACAGCUACAACAGUGACGACGGUGACAACAGUGACAUCAGUGACAACAGCGACAACAGCAACAGCAGCGACAACAGUGACAACAGUGACAACAGCGACAACAGCAACAACCGUGACCACGGUGACAACAGUGACAACAGUGAAAACGGUGACAACAGCGAAAACAGUAACAACAGCCACAACAGUGCAACAGUGA